AUGAAUCGAAAUGUAAUAUCAAAGUACAGCUCAGCAAGGCCCGUAGUCGAAUGGCGUCGUCGAAUGUCGGCGUCCAGGGGUAAACGCGAAAUCGAGCACGCGCUUCGGCCGCAGUCGAGAAAACAUUUGGGAUUCCGAUGUUCCGGCGAACGCUCCAUUAGAGGCAGGGAGGAAGGUCAUAUGUCAAUAGGCGUCCAAGAAAAGCAGGCUUUUGGGGUAGCGCUCCCGAAUGAAGAAGACAAGACACUGAAUGAGCAAGCUUAUUCCAGAAAACAGUCCGAGAUUCUUAAGUCAGAACAUUUUCCGAUGAUAUUUUCCGUGCCGGAGGCGAAGAUUGUCCUCAUUUUACGGCCGUAUGGAGCGGGGAUAUCGAAGGAAAUGGGAUACGUGAACUACGCAACGUCGUCAUGGAUCUUCAGCUACGGACAUAAGGAAGUAUUUCGUCCGGCGUGCAGUGCCCCUCGUGCCCUGACACCUGACGAUAUAGGGGCGAUUUCCUUAGGCGUACCGUGUCACGGGAGAGCAUAUGGUGGCUGCAAGUUAUGCUGGAAGAAGAUAUAUUUUCGGACUUAG